AUGUUGAGGGCCAGGAGCAGGGGAGAGAGAGAGCUAAUGACUAGUCGGCUUGUUAUUAGUGUUAUUAGGCGAGUGCGAGGCAGGAUCGAAGCCGAGCGGAUGGCUGGAGCCCGUGACACGUUGUAUAUUAUUCCUGACACCGAUCCACUUCUCUUCCUCCCUCUCCUUCAGUCUCGGGGGCAUCCCGCUAAUAUAAAGAAGCGUGCGUGGAGUGACCGGGGAGGGGGGUCCCUGUCUGUGACAUCUGUCUGUGGUGAGGAGCUGCUCAGGCGCCCCCUUCUGUGGCGUCCGCCGUGUCCGACGGCUGUGUUUGUGCAUUUGCUUGCAGAACCUGCCUUCGGGGAAGUGAACCAGCUCGGGGGGGUGUUUGUCAACGGGAGACCCCUGCCCAAUGCCAUCAGGCUGCGGAUUGUGGAACUGGCGCAACUGGGUAUCAGGCCGUGUGACAUCAGCCGGCAGCUCCGCGUUUCCCACGGCUGUGUCAGCAAAAUCCUGGCUCGCUACAACGAGACCGGCUCCAUCCUACCGGGGGCUAUCGGCGGCAGCAAGCCUCGGGUCACCACUCCCACGGUGGUAAAACAUAUCCGGACCUACAAACAAAGGGAUCCGGGCAUCUUCGCCUGGGAGAUCCGGGAUCGCCUGCUGGCCGAUGGCGUGUGUGACAAGUACAACGUGCCGUCGGUUAGCUCCAUCAGCCGCAUCCUCCGGAACAAAAUCGGGAACCUGUCUCAGCAGAGUCACUACGAGUCUUACAAGCAGCACCAGCCGCCCCCACAGCCUGCUCUGUCCUACAACCACAUCUACCCCUACCCCAGCCCCAUCGCUGCUGCAGGAGCCAAGGUGUCCACACCUCCCGGAGUGCCGGCGAUCCCCAGCGCCAUGGCCAUGCCCAGGACGUGGCCGUCCUCUCACUCGGUGACGGACAUCCUGGGGAUCCGGUCCAUCACAGACCAAGCAGUGAAUGACACUUCGCCUUACCCCAGCCCCAAGGUGGAGGAAUGGAGCAGCUUGGGCCGAAACAGCUUCCACCCGCCGACCCAGCAUGCCGUGAACGGGUUGGAGAAGAGCUCCCUCGAGCAGGAGGCCAAGUACAGCCAGGUGAUCUGGAUGGCACCCAAUUCGAACCCCAUUUGUGAGACCUGCCUCUUACUGGCCACCUGCUUCCACGGCCAAAACACAGUGCCCUGUCCACCAACCCACAUGGCUUCAGGGCACUCCACCCGGAUGAAACUAAUAAAGAAAGUCAGAGAGGCACCCAAUGGCCUCCCAGCCGUCAGCAGUUUCGUUUCCGCACCAGCCAUGCCUCCCUACGCCACCCCGGCCCAAGUGUCACCUUACAUGCCGUACAGCGCUGCUCCAUCCAGCUACAUGGCGAGCCAUGGCUGGCAGCACGCUGGGGGCACCCCGCUGUCCCCCCACAGCUGCGACAUCCCCGCCUCGCUGGCCUUCAAGGGCAUGCAGACUGCCAGGGAGGGCAGCCACUCCGUCACGGCCUCCGCCCUCUGAUGCAGGAGCUGGUCCAGGAGCACCAUGAGCUCGCUGGCUCCUCAGCCCCUGAGCCCAGCUCACAGAGUGCUCUCUUCAUGCUGGCCACACCUGGCAAUUCUCCUCGUGACUUGUCUCCCCUAAGGCUUUUGGGAUUAAAGAGCUGAAGACAACAUCAGAAACUGAGAGAAGCAUGGUGUUGUACUCUUAAAGACUUUGUGUCCCUCAAAGGGCUCGUGGAGCCUUGUUCCACUCUCUCCUGGUCAAACCACACAUAUUUAUUCUUAAUCAUCACAAACUUUCUAAAUGUGCAAUUGUUAUUAAGAUUUGUGCAAAAAUCAAUAAAGAAAAAUCACCACAGAAAA